CAGUGGAAUAGCUCAGUCAGUAGUGAGUUGGAUUGUCGUCUGCUAAGACAGUGGAAUAGCUCAGUCAGUAGCGAGUUGGAUUGUCGUCUGCUAGGACAGUGGAAUAGCUCAGUCAGUAGUGAGUUGGAUUGUCGUCUGCUAAGACAGUGGAAUAGCUCAGUCUGUAGUAAGUUGGAUUGUCGUCUGCUAGGACAUUGGAAUAGCUCAGUCAGUAGUGAGUUGGAUUGUCGUCUGCUAGGACAUUGGAAUAACUCAGUCAGUAGCGAGUUGGAUUGUCGUCUGCUAGGACAGUGGAAUAGCUCAGUCAGAAGCAAGUUGGAUUGUCGUCUGCUAGGACAGUGGAAUAGCUCAGUCAGUAGUGAGUUGGAUUGUCGUCUGCUAGGACAGUGGAAUAGCUCAGUCAGUAGCGAGUUGGAUUGUCGUCUGCUAGGACAGUGGAAUAGCUCAGUCAGAAGCGAGUUGGAUUGUCGUCUGCUAGGACAGUGGAAUAGCUCAGUCAGUAGUGAGUUGGAUUGUCGUCUGCUAGGACAGUGGAAUAGCUCAGUCAGUAGCGAGUUGGAUUGUCGUCUGCUAGGACAGUGGAAUAGCUCAGUCAGUAGUCGUCUCCAAAGACAAUUAGUUCCACUCAAGAUAAAAGAACAAUUCAGAGGCCCCAGCCAAUGCUUUCGACAGUCUGCAAAGUGUCUCCUUUCACUCUAA